AUGCCCAAGAAGAGGAAGAUGCCCGGCCAGGGCAAGGGCAAAGGCAAGGGCAAGGACAAGGACAAGGACAAGGACAAGAACAAGAAGCUGCGGCCCUUUCAUCAAUUUAGCCGCCUACCAGCCGAGCUUCGCACCCGCGUCUGGGAGCUUGUCGACGCCGAGCCGCGCGUCGUGGAGCUCCGACACCACCUCGAACAUACGAAGAAGCGCGGCACUAGAGAGCAGAUUCGUUGUCUCUCGAGGGCGCCCGCUAUUCUCCAUGUCUGCCGUGAGUCUCGGCGGAUCGCUAUCCAGCGGCAGCUCUACCAGCGUGCCUUCGUCCGGCCCCAAAGCUACACCUGGGUCAACUUUGCGUCCGACAUGAUCUCCAUCGGGCCUCUGGUCUUCUCGUGGCUCGAGGACGACAGGCCGCUGAUCCAGCGUUUCCGCUUCGAGAGCGAAAAUGACGAGUGCUUCUUUCAUUUCCAGUCUGAGGAGCUGAAUACGUUGACCGGCCUAAGGGAACUGCACAUUGUCUGCCAGGACAACAUCGGGCACUGGAUCAACGUGGCCGAGGAGAAGCACUUUCCCACGGACAAUGUCUUCUUUAUCGCCAAGAGCACCGCGAGCCCGAGCCCCAUAUACAGCAGGCGGGAGAUGUUGGAGAUGAUUCCCGCGCGUCCGUUUCCAGAAUACAGUAACAGUUACUAUCGCCAGAUGUACGACAAGAGGAUCAAGGGGACCGAGGGGGAAGUGCCUGACGAGCUGUUCUUUGGGGUGUCCGAGGGGAAGUAG